AUGCAAGCCCUCGUCUACACUGGACCCGGGACCGUGGAGGUCUUGGACCGCCCAAAGCCGACCGUGCAGGUACCCACAGAUGCCGUAGUUCGUCUAUUGCACGCUUCUAUCUGCGGAACAGAUCUCCAUAUCCUCAAAGGCGACGUGCCGAGCAUCGAACCGGGGCGGGUGCUAGGACACGAGGGCGUUGGUGUGGUCGAGUCCCUUGGGUCUGCCGUGCACACUUUACAACUUGGCCAGCGUGUUCUAAUCUCUUGUAUGACCUCGUGUGGAGCCUGUCGAUUCUGCCAGCGAGGCCUGGCAGCUCAUUGUAUAACGGGCGGGUGGACAUUGGGGAACAAGAUCGAUGGCACUCAGGCUGAAUACGUUCGUGUUCCCCACGCCACCCUCUCGCUGCACCCGCUUCCUGAUUCCAUUGACGCACGCGCUGCGGUCGCAGUAUCCGAUGCGUUCCCUACGGGUCUUGAAUGUGGCGUCUUGAGCGCGGGAGUUCAGUUGGGAGGUUCAGUGGCGAUUGUGGGCGCGGGCCCGGUCGGCAUGGCGGCACUUCUCACGGCCCGCUUAUAUACGCCCUCAUUGAUAGUGAUGGUGGACCUAGACGAGGGGCGACUGGCGACAGCGCAUAGUCUCGGAGCACAUGCCACAGUAGUCUCGAGCCCCGACGCAGAGCAAAAACUCAUGGACCUCACGGGCGGUCAGGGAUUCGACUCGGUCAUCGAGGCAGUGGGCAUCCCUGCGACCUUUGAAUUGUGCCAGAAGGUGGUCGCUGUGGGUGGGCGAAUCGCAAAUGUAGGUGUGCACGGUACCAAGGUCGACCUACACCUAGAAAGACUGUGGGAGCGUAACAUCAGCAUUCAUAUGUCACUUGUCAACGCGACAACAACAUCCCGCCUACUGCGACUUGUGGAAUCGAACAUGUUGGACAUUAGUUCCUUGGUGACCCAUCAUUUCCCCUUUACCGAGGCCCCCAAGGCAUACGAAACAUUCCAGGCUGCCUCUCAGCACAAGGCGCUCAAAGUGGCCAUAGACUUUACCUAA